GCUACUGCUACUGCUACUGCUACUCAGGACUUUGCCACUAACCGAUAAGAUAAGCGAAACAAGUUCUACAGACUACAGUACCUUACUGGACAAGCAGAAGGACAAGAGCGACAUUACUGUAAAAGUAGGUUAUUUACCCCGCGUUCAACACCUAUAAUUUCUCAAAAAUGGCCAAGCGCUCAGGACAAGAUUUCGAGCCUCCUUCUUCCCCAGAGUCUCCAGAAGAAGAAUCCUUCGCUCCAGCUCGCUCAGUUAUCCAUCCCAGCAGCACAGAACAAUUCCCAGCUUCAACCUCCAAAUUCGUCCAUCUCAGCGUAGAGGAGAGCAGCUGCAGCAGCAGCAAAGGUCGUCCCACCACCACCACCAGCACCACCACCACAGAAAUGCGAUGUUCUCUCCCACCACACCGGGGAACCCUCACUUUUGCUUCAUUCGAGGAAUACGAUGUUCACUAUGCCAAGACCCACACAAAUCGGUGUCUGGAGUGUAGGAAGAACUUCCCUACAGAACAUUUCCUGAAUCUACAUAUUGAGGAGAAUCACGAUUCCAUGAUCAGUGUUUUGAAGGGGCGGGGAGAAAAGACAUAUUCAUGCUUUGUCGAGGAUUGCGAUCGGAAAUGCUCCACCCCUCAGAAGAGACGCAUGCACCUGAUCGACAAGCACAUGUUUCCCAAAGACUACGACUUCUACGUCGUGAACGACGGGAUCGACCGCCGGAGCUCCAUGUUGCGAUCUGGAAAUCAGAGGAGACGCAGUUCGGCUGCUCAACAACAUAUGAGUGAAUCUGGCAAGAGAGACGAUAGACGAAGCUCGGGCGUGGGAGCUACUAGCCCCGAGAAUGGAGCUGGAGAUGAGAUGAAAGAGGCUGAGAUGGAGCUGGUUGAAAGUCGUGCAGAUUCAGAAGACACAGAUAUGGAUGGGCUUUCAGGUGCUAUGUCUUCGCUUAGGUUUAUACCUCCGAGUGUCAGAUUUGGUCGGGGUCGCGGGAGAGGAGGGUUCAGCCGGAGCUGAGCCACGAUUUAUAAGUAACGAAUAAUGAAUAUCCUGACGGACUAUAAGUGA